AUGGGUAGUAAUGUUUCGGCAAACACAAAAAUCUUAUUAGACUCAAUUGACGCAGGACAAGAAGUUGAUACUCAAACGCUGCUCAGGUUCGGUGCUCAGAUAAAUGCCUUAAACUCUGAAGGCUACUCUCCUUUGCGAUUAGCACUUGAACGUGGAAGAGUUAAGAGCUUUAAAUCGCUUUUUAAGGCUAGCGCUCUGAUUAUUCCAGAACUUCCCCAAAAAAUGACCCCACUCCACAGAGCAAUUGAGCUCGACCACUAUAAGCUUGCCUGAAUGCUCCUUCGUGAGCAUUCUUUAUUCGGUAACUUCAAAAACCAACAAGAUGCGUAUGGAAACACGCCCCUUCAUAUUGCAGUCCUUAAAGGAAACUCAGAUAUGGUAGCUUUGCUGCUGAAAUACAACGCUAAUCGAGAUAUCUUGAAUUUAGCUGGGAAAACUCCUCAUGAACUAGCUCUUGAGAGUAGAAGCCACAUGGCUGAUGAAAUAAUAGAACAAUUUACCCUGGAAGACUGCAUUUCGAAAAGAAGCAGAACUCCACUUCAGGAAGAAAAUGCUCCAAAUAGAGAGCAAAGAUCAACUCAAGGCUCAAAAUCAACACUCAAGGUAGAAGAGAGCAUUGAUGAGCCCAUUACAUUAUUAGAGCAAGCACUGGCAGGAAGCAGGCUAACUAUAAUUAAAGGUGAAGAAUUAGAGUUUCAAGACGUCCUGAAUAGAGGCUCAAGCUGCAUUGUAUUCAAAGGAAAGUGGCGAGGCAGUGAAGUCGCUAUAAAACAGUUCAAACUGGAGUACAGCACAUCAGAAAAGGAUUUGCAUAAAUAUGUCAAAGAAAUGCAAGUCCUGUCACAAAUUAGGCAUCCAAAUAUUCUGCUUAUCAUGGGCAUUUGUAUAGACCAGCCAAACCUCUGCUUGAUAACAGAAUACGUCCCUAAUUCGUCGUUAUUCUAUGCAAUCCAUAAAAAUAAGUCAAGAACAUUAACUCUGGCUGAAAGAUUCAAUAUAGGCAUACAGAUAUGUAAAGCACUUGCUUAUUUACACUCCAAUGAUCCACCAAUUAUUCACAGAGAUCUAAAGCCAGAGAACUGCCUUCUCGACUAUGCAAUGAAUGUAAAACUUGCAGAUUUUGGACUGGCAAGGCCAGUUUCAUCGUUUAUUGCUGAAGAGUCUCAAUCAAUUCAAUUUAAUUAGAUUUAUAACGUUUGCACACUGCCGCUGCUUCAACUCUGGGGCGAAGUUCGUGUCAUCUUCUCCUCGGCCCCCAAAGUGUUGCCAACUUGACUUCGUAACACGACGAGGACUCCAGUCUUGGGAAGUUUGGACUUCUAGGACUGUUCCUUGAGCUCAGGGUACCUACUUGAGUCCGUCAGGCUCCUAAAAAUUCCCAGUCUUUACCGCCUGGGGUAGGUGGCACCCUUCUUGAAAAUUCUAUUCCCUAAGGUUAGGAGUAGGAAAAGCCAUCUUGCUCUUGCUUCCUUCUGAGAAAUUUCAUCAGGGAAAUCAAACUUCAUAAUUAAAAUAUGCAAACGAUGAAUUUUCGGUAGGGAUACAAGAAAACUCGAGCGAUGCCAUAUUUAAAUUAUGAAGAGUCUCAAUCAAUGACCACGAUUUGCAUUGGAACCACGCGAUUUAUGGCGCCAGAACUUUUUGAUAAAGAUAAAGUCGAUUCAAUUGGGGUUGAAGUAGAUAUAUGAGCACUUGGCUGUUUGCUCAUCGAACUUUUCAGCAGCAAAAGACCUUGACACUAUAUUUCAAGCUCCAAAGCGAAUAACAUUUUCUACGAAAUUUUCAAUAAAAAGCCUAUUCCAAUCCCCGAUACAAUAACUCCAGAAGUAAGUCUAAUUAUCCAAGAGUGUUGUAGGUAUAAUCCCCGCCGAAGACCUCGCAUCUGCGAUGUUCUUGACAGGCUGGAAAGGGCUAAAGGUACUUAUAUCCUUACAUCCCCAGGAAUUCAUUUAAAAACUUUAUAUACAUAUUAAAAUUUCCCCAGAAAUUCAAAAAAUAACUAUUCCAGGAAAGUAAACAUUAAUUUAAUUAUGCUAAAAUGCAUUGUAAUUAUCACUUAUAUAUUAUAAAAUUUACACACAAAAAAUUUUUCCUCAUUAAGGAGGGUGGUUUUCCAAAAAAAGAUUUUUAAUUAUGUUUAUUCUCAAUAAUUUCCCGGACAAAAUGGUGUCUGGCGCCAAAGCAGGAAGUUGUUGUCCUGAGUUCCUUCUGAAAAAAGGAAACAGUAUGAGCGAGGAAUUGGAUCAGCACAGUUCCUUGCAGCGCUGGAUCUGUGCAGAUGGAGGUGGAGUGGAGAUGGCAUUGGAGUGUGUAGGGCAUGGAGUCAGUGUACAUGAAAAAACUCUGAAUGGCCUGCAUUGGAGGUGCAAGCAGGUGAUGCAUUCGAGUUUUUACUUUUUACUUUUUACUUUUACUUAUUACUUUUUUACUUUUUUACUUUUUAUUUUAGUAUUUUACUUUUUAGAAAAUUUUUGGGAAUUUUUACAAAUUUCUGGAACUUUUUGAAGAUCUUUUAAUUGGUCCACUUAGUUGGGCGAUAACCAUUAAUUCUAUUCUAUUCUAUGUUUAUUCUCGUUUGCUGAGGGAUGAGAGUUAGUUAA